AUGAGUGGAUACUACAGGCGUGGUUAUUCGCAGUAUCAUGGUGGUGGUGACCGAUACAGGGCGCGAUAUGAAUAUGGGCCUCAACAUGAAUAUGAGUACGAAUACAGGGAGACCGGUGCUCGUUACGAUGGGCCUAUGCGUCGAGAAAAGCGUGGAAACUUUACGAAUGGGAAUUACAGACGCAUUCCAUCGAAACCAAGGCAUGAGAGCACUGCUCCCAAAAAUCCUUUUGGGACGCGUCCAUUGGUGGCAGCUAAGUAUGACAACCCAGAGUUCAAUGAAAAGUAUCACUACUUUGAAGUGACCGAAAAGAGGCUACGAAACCAACAAUCCUUCAAUAGCUGGCAAACGGGGAAACUCCCUAAAGAUGGGUAUCUUGUGACUCUUGAGGGUGCGGAGAAACCACGAGCUGUACUUCAUGCGAGGGAGCCCAGUCAAGCAGCGGUUGAUCCACGAAAAUCUGGUGCAACCGGUGGUAAGAAGUCGUUUAGAAAGCUACGGACAGAGCUUGUGAAGACAGCAAGGGUACCGUAUGACUCGUUUUACGUUGGACCAGAACCACCUAGGGAAAUUGUUGUGUUCCCAUCUUCUGCGAACCAGUUCCCAAUAUCAGUUGUUUUGGCAGAAACGGUAAUCAAGAACUAUUUCAAGACGUUUGGAGAGAUCUCUCACUUUGAGCAAUUCAUGGAUCCAAAUAGUGCUCUACCAUUGUACGUGUAUUUAAUACGGUUUACAGGCCCGGAAUCUCAGCCCGAUGCCCCCUAUAAGGCUGCAUAUUUAACAGCAGAAAAAUUCAAGAACCAUCCUUACACAGUGUCAGGUAUUAAAUUCAAUGUAUCAUUGAACCACAACAAAACUUUGGAAUCUAUAAAGGAGAAAUUCAUCAAGCAGAACGCAGCAAGAGUGUCUGAAGUGAAAAAGACUAAAAUUGCGGAGUCUCAAAAACAAAAUAUGAAAAAGCCUCCAGGUACAAAGACAGUGCCUUUGGAUCUAACUAAGUUGGUAAACAAUAGACCAGUGCUUUUUGUAUCUUCGAAAAUCACGUUUGUCCAUAGGCUCAAUCCCGCUGACUUCAAGUACCAGCUUCGUAACUACCAUUGGGCCAAAAUCAUAGACCAUUAUUCUGGAAUAUAUAUUAUUUUCCAUAACAUAGAGAAUGCCAAAGCUUGUUUGAAGUACGAAUCAGGAUCAUUACGCUUGACUUCUCGCAAAACAAGAGCACCAGUUACGAUAGAAUUCCACUUGAUUGAGCCAAAGGCAACAACGGAUACUCGACAAACGUUCAAACAAGCUAGAGAUAACCAACCCAAGAGAAUCGAAUAUGCUACUAAGGAGGACUUAUUGAAGGUAGCUACAAGACAAAUACUCAAAGAUUUGAGGGAAACAUUAAAGAGGGAUAUCUUACGGAGGCUUGUUGGACCAACUAUCUUCGAAACACUUAACCCUACUAACUAUCCGGAGGUUGUAGAGAAGAAGAUGAAGUUGGAUGAAGAAAAGAAGAAAAAUCGCGAAGAAAUACAGAGGAGGAAAACCAUUAAAUCAGCACCGACAGAAUUUGAUAUUUUCAGUCUCUAUGGGCCAGCUUAUAAAACAAAAAAACUCAAGAGAGAUCGUCCAGUUGAUAAGGAUGGUUCUAAGGAUGGAGCAAAGGAUUUGCAUUUGAGAAAAAAACAAAAGGUCGAACACUUGUCUCAUCUAUUGAAUGAGGACGUAACUACAAGUGAAGACGCAGCAGACUCACUGACGGCAGCAGAAGAAGCUGAAAGCUCGUCUGAAUCAUCUGGUUAUGAAUCAGAAGAUGUGCUGUCGGACGAAGCUAAGAAACAGUCAUCGGUAGUGACUACUCCUGAGCAAGUUGAAUCAACGAACACUGCUACAUUGUCGGAUGAACGGUCAAAAGCAUUGCUGCAGUAUGACAGUAAAUAUAAACCAAUAGUUUCAGAAUACCCCGUUCCUGUAUAUCAUCCAGAAAACUUUGAACUAGAUGGGACUGAUAAGUAUUCUAUUACCAUGUUCCAAGAGAUAUUGAAAGAUGAUGAAGAUAUAUCUCUAUUACAAAAUGUUAUUCAUGAAAGAACAGAUGAAAAGACUAGUGAUGUAUCUCCCUUUUUACCAUAUACAAUGUGGAAGUUAUAUCAGCAAUCGGAACAGCUUGCAGUUGUCCGUAAAACCCAACUCGCAUUAAACGAAGGCCAACUUGACUCUACUCUUGUUUCAAAGACAGGAAGUUUCAUCGCGGAGGGCUUUAGAAAGAUUCCUGAUCGUUUGAAAAAAUCAUACCUCCCUCAUCGUCGUAAACUAACCCAGCCUUUAAAUACAGUGCAUAACCAUCAAGAGCUCAACAAUACCUUGAAUAAUGGGUCAGAGUCUGUAACAGAAGAGGUAGAAACAACAGAGCAGGACAACCACAAUGCAUCCUCACGUCUCAACAGAGCAUUCCAAAGACGUUUCCAACAAGAUAUCGAAGCUCAAAGAGCCGCAAUUGGUUCAGAAUCUGAGUUAUUGUCUCUAAACCAAUUGACAAAGAGGAAAAAACCAGUCACAUUCGCCAGAUCCGCAAUUCAUAACUGGGGUUUGUAUGCUUUAGAACCGAUUGCUGCAAAGGAAAUGAUUAUUGAAUAUGUUGGUGAGUCCAUCAGACAACCUGUGGCAGAAAUGAGAGAAAAAAGAUACAUCAAAUCUGGUAUUGGUUCUAGUUACUUGUUUAGAAUCGAUGAAAAUACAGUUAUUGAUGCCACAAAGAAAGGUGGGAUUGCGAGAUUUAUCAAUCAUUGCUGUGAGCCAAGUUGUACAGCAAAAAUCAUCAAGGUUGGAGGCAGAAAAAGAAUCGUCAUUUACGCGUUACGUGAUAUUAGUGCAAAUGAGGAAUUGACAUAUGACUACAAAUUUGAAAGAGAAACCGACGAAGGCGAAAGGCUACCAUGUCUUUGCGGAGCUCCUUCGUGUAAAGGGUUCCUUAACUAA